ACGAGGACAGGAAAUUGCGCCAUUCCCUGUUGGACUCGGGGAGCCGCGAGGUUCUGAACUGGGUGCGGUAGACCGCGCUGUGAGAUCGGGGACCUGAAAAUUCCUCAGAGCCGCAGAUACCGGGGAAUUUCCUGGGAAAGUCAGCAGUGCGGUGGCGGGAACCGCAGCCCAGCGGCCCUGGAACCUCCCAGACAGAGUUCCUCUGUGUAGCCCUGGCCUUCCUGUAACUCGCUCUCUGUAGAGCAGGCUGGUUUCAAACACACAGAGAUCCGCCUGCCUAUACCUCCUCAGUGCUGGGAUUAAAGGAUUUGUUGACACUCAGUGCUGUGGCUGUGGACUUCUAGGAGGAGUGGGAAUGCCUAGACCCUGCUCACAGGGCUUUUUGCAGAGAUCUCCUGUUGCAGAGCUGCAAUAGUCUGGAUUCUGAUGGAUUCACAUUGUCAGUCAGUCCGGCUCACCUGUGAAACAGAACCUAGAACCCUGGAUGGAGAAGAGAGAGGAGACAGUAGCAAAGGAUCCAGGAUUCGAGUCUUUGUUCCUGAGACAGAAAUGCUAAGAACAAUUAGAGGAAUGAAUUCUUCUCUGAUAAAUGAACCCCAGGAUCCUUUAACAUUUAGGGAUAUAGCUGUGGACCUGUCACAGGAGGAAUGGGAAUGUUUAGACUGUGAUCAGCGAGCAUUGUACAUGGAUGUGAUGUUGGAGAAUUAUAAAAAUCUGAUCUUUGUAGAGACCCAUCGCAUACAUGGUAAAUAUGAGAACAUCUUGGAUCAAGGCACAAAGGAUAUCCUGCACAAUCCUGAGAAUAUCCAAGAGAAGUUGUAUAUUUGUAAUAAGCUUGUCAGACUGAUUGAAUCCUUCCAAUGUAGACCUCAUAACACAAGUGAUACUGCAGAAAACAGCAACAAGUACAGAUCUGGUAACUAUGGAGAUACCUCUGUUGAAACAGUAAAUAUGAAGAGACACAAAAGUGGAAACACUCGAGAAGAUCCUUGCAAAAAUGAGGACUAUGUGAACUGUUUUAAUUUGUAUUACAACAUUAGCCAAAAUCAAAGAGUCAACAUAGGAAAGAAAGAACACAAAAAGAUAGCAUAUGAUAAAUCUUUUGACUCCAAACAUAAAAUUAUGCUGAAACAAACCAAUAGAGCAAAAAAAGGAGACCAAAACAAGAACUCUGAAAAGUGCUCUAAGUUGGACUCAAACAUCAGUAGUCAUCUGAGAGCUCCUAGAGGAGAGAAACUCUAUAAAUGUAUGAAAUGUGAUAAAUCCUUUCAGCAGUUGUUCCAACUCAAAGUACAUUGCAAUUUCAAAUGUAGUGAAAAAACCUACACAUCUCUUAAAACUCCUCAGAGAAUUCAUAUAGGAAAGAAACCACACAAAUGUAGUGAAUGUGGCAAAUCAUUUAUGAGUACGUCAUAUUUUAGAAUACAUCAGAGAGUACAUAAAGAAGGGAAGAAACCUUACCAAUGUGGAGAAUGUGACAAAACCUUCAUCGAGAAAAACAGUUUUAGAAUUCAUCAGAGAAUUCAUACAGGAGAGAAACCUUACAAAUGUAGUCAAUGUGACAAAUCCUUUAUGUUUAAAGGCAGCAUAGUAGUUCACCAAAGAGUACAUACAGGAGAGAAACCUUACCAAUGUGGUGAAUGUCAGAAAUUCUUUACGCAGAAAAGUGGUCUUCGAACUCAUGAGAAAAUUCAUACAGGAGAAAAACCACACAAAUGUAGUGAAUGUGGCAAAUCAUUUCUGAGUGUGUCGUAUCUUAGAAUACAUCAAAGAAUACACACAGGAGAGAAACUUUACAAAUGUAGUCAAUGUGACAAAGCAUUUAUCCAGAAAGACUCUCUAAUAACUCACCAGAGAACUCAUACAGGGGAGAGACCUUACAAAUGUAGUGAAUGCAACAAAUCCUUUACCAGUAGGUCCUUUCUUAGAAGACAUCAGGAAAUACAUUUAGAAGAGAAACCUUACCAAUGUGGUGAAUGUGACAAAUCCUUUACGGAGAAAAGCAGGCUUAAAGCUCAUCAGAAAAUUCAUACAGGAGAGAAACCACACAAAUGUAGUGAAUGUGGCAAGUCAUUUGUGAGUAGAUCAUAUUUUAGAAUGCAUCAGAGAAUACACACAGGAGAGGAACUUUACAAAUGUAGUCAAUGUGACAAAGCAUUUGCCCUGAGAUGCAGUCUAAUAAGUCAUCAGAAAUUACAUACAGGCGAGAGACCUUAUAAAUGUAGUGAAUGUGACAAAUCCUUUUUCAAUAAGGCCGCCCAUAGAAUCCAUCAGAGGACACAUACAGGAGAGAAACCUUACCAUUGUAGUGAAUGUGACAAAUCUUUUACACAGAAAGGCAGUCUUAAAACUCAUCAGAGAAUUCAUACAGGAGAGAAACCUUACAAAUGUAGUGAAUGUGAGAAAUCCUUUACCUAUGGCUCAGAAUUUAGGAAACAUCAGAGAUUUCAUACUGGUGAGACACUCUACAAAUGUUUUGAAUGUAACAUAUCGUUUACCCAUCGUGAAUUUCUUACAAUACAUCAGAGAAAGCAUACAGGAGAGAGACCUUACAAAUGUAGUGUAUGUGACCUAUCAUUUAUGAGUAUCUCAUAUCUUAGAAGACAUCAGAGAAGCCUUACAGUUGAGAAACCUUAUAAAUGUAGUGAAUGUAACAAACUCUUUUCCCAGAAAUGCCAUCUUAAAACUCAUCAGAAAAUUCAUAUGUGGGAGAAUCUUACAAAUGUAGUGAGUGUGGGAAAUCCUUUAACACUGACUUAUGUCUUAGAAGACAUCAGAAAGUUCAUACAGGUGAGAAACCCUACAAGUGCUAUGAAUGUGACAAAUCCUUUACCUAUGGUUCAUUUCUUAGAACUCAUCAGAGAAUUCAUACAGGAGAGAAAUCUCACCAAUGUAGUGAAUGUGACAAGUCCUUUUCGAGUACCUCGUAUCUUAGAAUACAUGAGAGAAACCAUACAAAAGAGAAAAAGUCCAAAUAAUAAUCAGUGACACAUCUUUUAUCCAACCUGAGAACACAUGAAAGAAUUCAUACCUGAGAGAAACCUUUCAAAUGCACUGUAUGAGAAAAAGUCUUUACUUGCCUUUCACAUGUAAGAAAACAUCUAAAAAUUCAUACUGGGGAGUAAUGAAACCAUUUGAAAUGAUGUGGCUUCUGCUUUCUCCAAUUUUUACUUCUUCAACCUGAAAUAAUUCAUAAUGAAGACAAAAUGGAGACGUCUGAAGCCCUGUCUUUGGUCUUGUGUAGCAAUAUCCUAGGAACUCAGAUGAUCCAUUCUGAAGGAAAGCUGAUUAAGGCAGGAGAUAAGCUGCUUAAAAUAGCUUCAAGAUGAUGUGGGAUUGCCUUUCCUAUUCUGUGAAUAUGUUUUAUUACCAUUGGUUAAUAAAGAAGCUAUUUUGGCCUAUGGCAGGCAGAAUAGAGCUAGGCAGGAAAACUAAAGUGAAUGCCAGGAGAAAGAGUCAUGGAGACACCAUGUAUCUGCCAACAGAGAAAGAUACCAGAAUCUACUGGUAGGCCACAACUUAUUGGUGGUACACAGAUUAAUAGAAAUGGGUUAAGAUGUAAGAGCUAGCUAGGAAUAUGCCUAAGCUAUUGGCAAACAGUGUUGUAAUUAAUAGUUUCUGUGUGAUUAUCCAGGUCUGGAUGGCCAGGAAACAAAUGAGCAUUCUCAGUUUAUAUCAAGAUAUCCCUGAAACUGACAGGAUUCAGUAUGUUUAACUGAAAUGUCAAAACUUAGACAUAACUCAUGCAACUCAAGAUUGGUCAAACUGAACCAUCAAGAUAGGAUGCUCCUUAAUCUGUAUGUAUCCCUGUAGGUGUGCAGUAUGUUUCAGGUGUCCAGUAUUCAUAAGCUAUAUCACAUGCUCAUUUUGAGUUUGAGGAUUGCAAGUACCUUUGUGUCCUCUGUGCUCUGAUAAGCAACUCUCCCCAUGUUCCUGCAACUCCCAAUAAAGUUCAUUGAUUUAGCAAGUUGAAUUUGGUUCUGUUUUCAGUUUCCAGUUGGGGUGAGUAGUUGGAUCUAUAUGUUGUAUCUCCCCAGGAAGUGUCUCAUAAAACAUGCAGUGAACCCAUUUAUUAAUUUGUCCUUGAAACUUGUAAGUGGGAAACUGAUAAUAGAGCCAUUCUGGGUUUUGACCUCUUUCAGAUUAUGAUCCUUUCAUUGGAGCUUCCCAAGAUAAAUGAAAAACCCUAAAUUCUGAUUGUUUUAGGAACUGAGACACCACUUCCGUCUGUCUCCUGGCAAGUCUACCCACAUGUUAGUAUGCCCACAUUCAAUUACUUGGAACUGUAGUAUGCCCACAUUCAAUUACUUGGAACUGUCUUAAGGGGUCACAGCAUUAAGAAAUUUGGUAGCACUAUAUUAGAGAGAAGGAAUUAGAGCUAAGUAAGGAAGAUUGUGCUCGAUCAUCCUGGAAUUAUUUCCAUGUUAGUACUUAAUUGUGGUAAGAAGGCCUCCACAGGAACGGAAUGUAUUCUUGGGUUGAGUCAGAGGGCUCUUCUCUGCAUUCAUUGAGGAGUAAGAGUGAAGUCUGCAAAAGGGAAAAUGAAAAAAAAAAAAAACAGUUGAAAACAUGUCAGUGGCAGAUACCAUCCAAACUGGGUUUUAUACUUGAAUAGACUCAUGCUACUUUCCCAUGAUUCAACCAAACUCUGGUGCCCCUCAGAACAAUUCUCCCUGUGGAUAAAUACUAUAGUCUGUUGUAUGCUUGUGUAUUUCUGUAAUUUUAACACUCCAUUCUACAGGCCUUAAGAAAUUGAAUUUCUGGUCCUCAUAUUUUUUUUUUUUUAUAAAACACUAAUGUUCGCAUUCCAGUCUAUUCAUAAGGAACUGGAACUCAAUAAAUUGCUUCACUAAGAACUUAA